CGCUAAAUUCUCGGUGUAUGUCUUUGCUUUUACUUUCCUCGUUCAAUGAGAGGACCAAAAUUUUAUUUGCAGAGUCGCACAUGAAUCUCAAGCUUCUCUCUCCUUCUUCCAGAGCACUCAUCAGAAUUAAUAAGUGUUCUCGUAGUCAAGGAGGAGUUGCUUAUUCCUCUUGCCCUAAUUUAGCUACAUAAUUAGGGUUUCCUCUAACAAUAUAUCAGCGAGAAGGAUCAAGAAUCAAGAACCAAGAAUCAAGAAAAAAUAUAUUUGAGCUGGCGAAUAAACAGUGGUGGGAUAGGGAACUAGUAGAUGCGGCGGCGAUGGAAGGCGGUUACGAGCAAGGCGGUGGAGCUUCUAGAUACUUUCAUAACCUAUUCAGACCGGAGAUUCACCACCACCAACAGCUUCAACCGCAAGGCGGAAUCAAUCUUUUUGACCAGCACCAUCAUCAGGAACAACAACAACACCAGCAGCAGCAACCGUCUGAUGAUUCAAGAGAAUCUGAUCACUCAAACAAGGAUCAUCACCAAACAGGUCGACCCGAUUCAGAUCCAGUUACAUCAAGCUCAGCACCUGGGAAACGUCCACGUGGACGUCCACCAGGAUCUAAGAACAAACCAAAGGCACCGAUCAUCGUGACGCGCGAUAGCCCAAACACGCUUAGAUCUCACGUCCUCGAAGUAUCUCCUGGAGCUGACAUAGUUGAGAGUCUUUCCACUUACGCUAGGCGGAGAGGGAGAGGAGUCUCCGUUUUAGGAGGAAACGGCACCGUUUCUAACGUCACUCUCCGUCAGCCAGUCACUCCCGGAAACGGCGGUGGUGUUGGGCCUGGAGCCGGAGGAGUUGUGACUUUACAUGGAAGGUUUGAGAUUCUUUCGUUAACGGGAACAGUUUUGCCACCACCUGCACCGCCUGGUGCUGGUGGUUUGUCAAUAUUUUUAGCCGGAGGGCAAGGUCAGGUGGUUGGAGGAAGCGUCGUGGCUCCGCUUGUUGCAUCAGCUCCGGUUAUACUAAUGGCUGCUUCGUUCUCAAAUGCGGUUUUCGAGAGAUUGCCUAUUGAGGAGGAGGAAGAAGAAGGCGGUGGUGGUAGCGGCGGAGGAGGAGGAGGACCACCGCAGAUGCAGCAAGCUCCAUAAGCUUCUCCACCGUCCGGAGUGACCGGUCAGGGACAGUUGGGAGGUAAUGUGGGUGGCUAUGGUUUUUCCGGUGAUCCUCAUUUGCUUGGAUGGGGAGCUGGUACACCUUCAAGACCACCUUUUAAUUGAAUUUACAUAUUUAUCAACGGAUAAUUUUAUGUAUGUUUUUAUCAUUUGCGUGGAGUCAUCUUUCAUUUGGGAUCUUUGGUAUUUAUUUUGUAGUUAAUAUGCAUAUUUGAGCGUUCGUGUUUUUUC